UGGAAACGAACUUUACUUAUUCAAGUUGCAUCAUUUCUCUAGGGGAACAGAUGUUAUAAUAUGCAUAUGGGCGUUCUUGAACCGUCUCAGGUGAUUUUUCUUCUGCUCUUGUGUACUUCUGCCUGCGAUUUUUAUAGCUUGCGCUGGUUCGGUGCGUUUGCCCUCUCUGAUCCAGGUCUCGUUCAAGUCAAUCACUCACGUCCCUAUUUUUAUAGUUGAGCAGGGGGAGCGUCCACGUCGAACUACAUCUGUUCAACUUGGGCUCUUUCACAUAUUGCAGUUGGAGUCUGCUCACAUUCCUUGAUUACCACGAUCUUUUUUCAAGCACUCGUUAUCGACUGUUGUAGUUGACGAAUCUCCGGGAUCUCUUUCAGCCUCACUUGCUUUUUGUCAUCUGCUUGCGAUGGCUCCAUAUCUCCUUUCAAGAUCGAGCUCCACCGAUGCUCCAGGAGCCCUUCCUAUGAACAGAGCCAUUUAUAUAGUCGGAUUCACCCUCGCUGGAUUACUUGCUGCUGUGGCCAUGCUAUGGAUUGCGUUGAGGUUUUUCCGCCGCACAUUCCAGGCAAAACGUGCAGAAGAACGGGGUGCGGCUUUCCUCAAUGUACGAGGUGUUGUUCAAGAAAUGAACGAACCCGUCAGCCAUUUCCUGAGUAAUCAGCCGACAACUGUCGUCUUCCCACAAAAGGCUGUUGUCCCUCGUCCUGCUCAAAUAGCAAGACCUUCAAGACACGACCAUAUUUCUGCUUCUCAAGUUCCUGCAGAAUGUGACGCGCCCUUGCCACGUCCCCGUGCACUGUCCGGUCUCAAUCCCUCACAUCCGCGUCACAGUCGCGGGUCAUCAGUCUCUUCGGGUCAUUCCCGUUCAUUUCCUCAACCUCCGGGCUUGCGUUCCUUGCAUUCGCCAGACUCUUCACGAUCAUCAUUUUCUACCCAAGCCCGAAAAGUUCGGCAAUUUUUCCAACCGGUUCUUCCUGAUGAACUCCCUCUUUCGCGUAUGGGAGAGCAACUCCACGUUGUACAGUCGUUUGAUGAUGGCUGGUGCCUCGUUGCGCAAAAUAACUCUCGUCGUUCUCGUGCUUCAUUCUCUUUAUUCAACCCCUCACGACUCUCUGCCAGGGUGGAGAGUAAUGGAGAAAAUGUACAGCUUGGUCUUGUCCCAGCAUGGGUCUUCAUUAGGCCCAUGAAGGGACUGCGCGUCGAAAGACCUAUUCGCAGCUCUAGUGCAGGGGUACUCCAGGCUGGCUUGGGUGCUGCCGAAUCGAGAGACGCUGUGAUUUCCUGGUCCAAUUUUUCUUGAAUUGAAAUUUUUAAAAACCCAGAUGGGGUAUGCAUCGAGUUUGUUGUUUUCCCUUUUCCCCUUGUUACGCCCGACACAUCCGGCAGGCCUUUUGAAACUUGUGGCAAGAAACCUGCGGUGCAGGCAUGCGUUACCAACAGUUCGUUCCUCACGGUAGAGCUGUAUUAUAUACCCCCUCAUUAUCAUUAUAUAUUGUAUCACUUGACAUACAUAUACAAGUCAUUGCACUCCAGCAAGAAUACACGUCUAGAUGACUCACGAAGGUAAUCAUGGAUCACAAUGCGUACGGCUGGAAGCGCCUAAUGCACUUCGGUUGAGGCUUCCUCCAAUCCUCCGCCGGCGCCC